AUGAUAAUCGCCUCCUCCGGCGAACCUUCCCUUAAGCUAUCAACCAAGAGCAGAACCAAGUUCAAGAAAACCAUCACCACUACCGCCGCCGCCACCAAAACAAGAAUCCACUGCCAAGAUGUCCAAGAAUCAGAUCCAACCUCGUACUCUGCAGAAUCCAUCGGCAGCAAUCAAGAUUUGAUCAACUUAAUCUUCACCAAACUCGAACCAAAACACCGUCAACGGUGUGCAAUCAUAUGCAAGUUUUGGUACAGCGUGAUCACGAGCCGUACCUUCAAGUACAAGCUUCCACCACUUUCCCACCUCCUCGUACGGUGGUCCGCCACCCAAAGCCGCCAGCGCUCGAUUUUUCCGGCGAUCAAAUACUCGAUCGUCCCGCUCCACAACCACCAGACCUCAAAUCGGCCGCCACCUCAGACAUUAUUUCGGCCCGCUUUGGACUUUCUUGAAUCCAACGACCAGCAUGUAAAUGGCAUCAGGAUUAUCCAAUCAUGCAACAGCCUAUUCCUCUGCUCUCCUGACUCAUCAAUCAAGAAACUAAACAAAAACGGAGCAGAAAAAAACAACGGGUUGUUUCCAAAUGCAAGCAAUGUCGAACAUUAUGUGUAUAAUCCUGGUACAAACAAAUUCAGGACUAUUCCUUGGCCAGCUGUCAGAAGGAAGACAACUAGACAGGUCAUAGCAAUGAACUUAGCCUUCGAUCCUACGAAGUCGCCUCACUACAAGGUUGUUAGUCUCUCUACAGUGCGUAAUUCCUGCAGUUCGUACAAUCAGGUCGAUAUAUACUCGUCGGAGAAGUGGCGGUGGAGGGCAACAAAAGCUGAAUUCCUACCAAAUUGGGCACACGUGGAUUUUACCAAUGGCGUUUUCUUUAACGGUGGGGUCCACUGGGCUUCUCACACUGGGAACACUUCGGUCUACUUUGACGUCGAGAACGAGCAUUUCAAGAUUAUGCCUAUGCCGCCAGUUCAGGGCGGCGGUCAACGGAGGUCAAUACGGUAUUUCGGUGAAUCCGGCGGGCGGCUUCUUCUGAUCGACUCGCAAGAGCAGUCUCCGGUGAGGUUUACGGUCUUUCGGAUGAAGAAGAGCUACUCCGAAUGGAAGGCGAAGUAUAAAGUCGACAUGUCUUCUUGUUUCUUCUACAAUGGAAGGAUUUUGAACAAGUACCAUAUUCUUUCUGUGAUAUGUGGGGGCGAAAAGGGUGACUUACUUGUGAUAUUUAGUCCUGGUAGAGAUGGUAAAGGGCUAAUGACUUAUAACUUGAGAGACGAGAAACCAGACAAGAUCCAGUCAUCGGUUCCAGGUUGGGAUUCGGGACUGUUGGAGGAGAAAGGUUAUUCAGUUGUUCAUCCUCUUAUGAGUACUAAAUUUGAAGUUUUGUAG